AUGAGCACCACGCCACAGGCAGCGCUCGAUGUCCUGUUGAGCCUUCCUAAACUAGAGGAUUUCAUUGAAUCUGAAGCAAUGAAAACCGCUUUUAGAUUAAAGGCACAAACCAAACAAAAUUUAUUUGUAAAGGAUCCGCAUACAGAGGCACUCAAGAAUCUCUUCGCUAUCGACAGAGUUCUAGAAGCACCAUCUGACAGACUCGCAAAGCUGUCCUAUAACGUUGACAGCAAGUUUGAGGUGAUAGUGACGGAAAAUUUAAAUGAGUUCUUUCAGCAUAGCACUUGGGCACAUUCCUCCUACUUUACUGAUGGAUCAGUGAGGGAUACGGGUAGUGGAUGUGGUUUCUACUGCAUGCGCGAGAGUACAACUUUUUCAACUCCCCUGGGACAAACAACAACAGUCAAACAAGCGGAGAUAUCUGCAAUUUAUCACUGUGCUUGCAAAGUUCUGGAAGGCGAAAUGGUGGGAAAUGUGGCCAUUUUCACUGAUAGUCUGGGGGCCGUAAAGGAACUCGGGGGUUUUACGGUGGGAAGCGGCCUUGUCAUGACCUGCUACAAUGCGCUUCAGACUAUUUCUGAAACAAACCCUCUUCGUUUGGUCUGGGUCAAAGCACAUUCAGAUAUAAGAGGUCAUGAUCUGGCAGACAAGGCGGCCAAAGUAGCUGCUCUUUGCACAAUCAUUGGACCAGAACCAGUCUUACCACUGGAGUAUUCACGAGUAAAGGGGGUCUUGAGUACGUGGCUUAAGACCCGUAGCACACAGAACUGGCAAGGUUCAUUUACAUGUGGACAGACAAAUUUUUUUGUUAAAAACCCAAGCUCAGAACUCACAAGACAGCUUCUGAGGCUCCCAAGGGAUGAGCUUAGAACUGCAGUGGGUAUUUUAACGGGCCAUGCUGGGGCGUGGAUAUUGAACCCAUGCCUUAAUCAAAUCUUUGGAUAA